CAGCAUCUGUCUGUAUAAAACUCUCAAUAAUAAUUGAACCUCUCUCUCUCUCUCUCUCUCUCUUCUUGAUUUCAACUUGAGAAUCUUUCAUUUACUCGUAGGAGAGAAAGGGAUCGAUCGCCUUUUCCUCACUCUCUCUGCUUAGUUUUGGCUCAGUUUGAUCUCAUCACAUUGUGGAGUGUCUGCCUGUUUGAGGAGAAGAACGUCUGCUUGCACUUACUAUUCUCCAUGGCAAGUAACGAGAAUCUACCACCCAAUGUUAUCAAGCAGCUCGCCAAGGAACUCAAGAGUCUUGACGAAUCUCCUCCGGAUGGCAUCAAGGUUGUGGUCAACGACGAGGACUUCUCUCAAAUAUGUGCUGAUAUUGAAGGACCAGUUGGGACUCCUUAUGAGAAUGGACUUUUCCGUAUGAAGUUGGCAUUAUCUCAUGAUUUUCCACAUUCUCCGCCUAAAGGCUACUUUAUGACAAAGAUAUUCCAUCCCAAUGUUGCUUCUAACGGAGAGAUUUGCGUUAACACUCUUAAGAAAGAUUGGAACCCUAGUCUUGGAUUAAGACAUGUUCUCUCUGUUGUGAGGUGCUUACUAAUCGAGCCAUUUCCAGAAUCUGCAUUAAACGAACAGGCUGGAAAGAUGCUACUUGAGAACUAUGAAGAGUACGCUAGGCAUGCUCGGCUUUACACGGGUAUCCAUGCUAAACCAAAACCUAAGUUCAAAACAGGAGCUAUCUCAGAGUCAACAACGGCUCUAAAUGUUGGCCAGCCCAACAACGAGACGCCUGGUGCAAUACCCUCUUCAGUGGCAGACAUCAAUAGAGUAAUAACAGCGACUGAACAAAUUGCUAACGUGCCUGUAGCAGCAGCAGCAGGAUCUGCAAGUGUGGCCACUACGACACAGAAAAGAGAAGCCGGUUUGGCCAAGGUUCAGGCAGACAAGAAGAAGGUAGAUGCCAGAAAGAAGAGCUUGAAGAGACUAUGAUGAUACUUCUCAAUUAGUGUCAUUUAUCUUAUCUCCAUCUCAUAAUGUUUGGAUUCUUCUGUCAUGUCAUCAUGACUCUGCCCCCUUUUUGCUCAACUCUUUUCCUAUCAAAGUUGGAGUGACUAUUAGAAAUU